CAGCAAGAUCAGUCUUUUAACGUUGAGUUAAAAUCAUUUAAACGAAGCCAUCAUGUCUCGAUUGACCCUCCAGGAGUCCUUCUUCGAAAAUCUAUGGCCACUGAUACUGAAGGCGAAUGUAUGUGAUACUUCGAGCAAGAAUACGUGUAGUUUCUAUGAGCCAGAUAAAACAUUUGACAAUAUCUGGCUGCACGCGUACCUUGCGGAUCGCGGUUUCAGAAGUUAUCAGCCGCCAACAGUGAUCCGCUGUUGUUUUGACGAGAAAGAAGAGAAGCUGGUGUUAUCUGAGCCAACAGAGACAACCAGUAACACUGACUUACUUCUAUCCGAGCCAAACCUCAGAGCAGAAGAUGAGCACUCCCAACAAACAGAACAGGAGGAGGAGGAAGGUUUAUAUGCACCCAAGCCCGUAGAUAUUUUAUUAGUAGAAUGGAUGGCUGUGAUGAGUGGAAAUUUUGAUCAACGGCGAAAGCUUGCACACGCUUUCGUUAAUCGACAGUAUCCCUGGUAUAUGCAACCGCCUGAAUAUGAUGCUCCCUUCCAGCUUGCUGACUAUGUUCACCAAGAGUUCAAUGGCAAACUCCAGCAGGCUGUCAUAAGGGACAUACAUACAUUCAACUGUAAGCUGAUGAUUAUAGAUUUAGCAGUGCAAGUAUGCCUUCACGAGAUGCAUCAGUGGCUGAAAUUCACUCGAUUCGCUUUCAUUAUUGUGGUGGCGCGUAGCCAAGAUGCGGUAAAGCAGAUUAAAUUGAUGGGACAAAAUUUGACCGCGGUGAUGAUCGAGGAAGAUAUUAAGCGCACUUGGCAAGAGCAACUAACAGAGUCGCUCCACGUAUGCAUGGCACAUGCGUCUGAACUGGGACUUGUCGAAUACUGCACACAAUCGUUUGCAUUCGUUUUCUCACGAAAUCGGAAUAGUUGCCGCUUAAAUACGCACAGAGUGCUGAGAAUGAAGGCUUAGUUAGCUUCCAAAUUUUAAGGGUUAGGAGUGUUAAUGAGG